UAGCAGCUAACGCGCGCGCCAAAGUUUUAGUUACAUCAGGACCGACUACUUUCAAUAUAAAAUGCAACUUUAAAUGUGUCAUCAGACUGCAUCUACUAAGUAGUGACCUACUGAAACAAUUAGAGACGCAACAUAGUUACUUCAUACGAGGCCCUACGAAGUUCUGCCUUCAUUGUAAUUUGGAAUCGUAACCUGCUAGGAACGCGUUAAGAAGAUAAGAUUUUUAAUAGGCAUCAUAAUGAUGACUUAUAGAAUCAACGUCGGAUUAGCAGUUAUGGCCGUUGUGCUAUGCGCGACGAUUGGAUGCAGCUACGCCACGCAAUGCUACCUAUGCAGUUGGAGUCAGAAGGAAGAGGCUCUUGGUGUAAAUCACACAGCCAAAUGUCGCGAUGAAUUUUUCCGCCCUGAUAAAAUAUCGGCCACCCAUUGCGACUACGGCUGCGAACUACACAUCUUCAAAGACCUCAACGGUAUAAUUGAGUCCGUUCGGCGAACUUGCGGAAAAGAACCGAAGUCGCGGAUGGACAUUAGUAGUGGUUGCAGUGCAACCCGAAUGCGGCAGGGGACCACGAAAAUUUGUCGCUGUCAAACGGAUUAUUGCAACUCAUCGCGAGGGACCGUCAUUGCCUCGUUAACGCUCACUUUUGUUGGAGUUCUCAUAGCUGCUAUGUUCUUUCUGUGGAGAUGCUGACCACCGACAAAAGCUCAGACAUGACCACGCUUUCUCGUCAAAUGUUGGCACCGGAUAAAGUAAAAGCAAUUUUCUAUGUUUGCACAUACAAUCCGUCAUCACAUGCACGUAGCCUGCUAAAGUGCGGCAUAAUUAAUAUGAGUGUAAUAUUCGUGAGAUGUAUGAAACAUUAAACUCGAGUUCAUAAUAGAUAUUGCUCUAGCUGAGAAUCGUGGAAACAAAAUAACUUCAGCGCUAUGUGCUGAAUAUAGACAUGUACUGUAGUCAAAACACAUAAGAUAUACAUUAGACUAUUAUGAAUAUUUCAAGCGACCUGCUGAAUAUAUGUUUGCUUAGAAAAUCUCAAGGUACUCAUACUUUAUUACAGUUUAGUCAGAAUUAAUUGAUCAAUCCAAAAGUCAUAUGAAAUACGUGCCAUUUUGUAGCUUGCUUGAUAAAAAUUUAUAAUUACUUCCACAAGUGUGUUUUUACUAUAAUAAACUCUU